GGCCUGGGCUCCUUCCAGUCGGCAGUGUGGUGCGGGCGAGUUCACAUCCGGUCGGAGCUCCCGGGGAGUGGGAGAGAAAAGGACAGUAGGAAGGAGGGCACCGUCAACGGAGUGCUUUCCGCGGCCUUUCCCUCUUCACUAGGGGCCCCGGGAAGAUGAGCGGGAUUCCGUGCCGACUCCGCUGCUGGCGUGUCCGGUGUGACCGGCGCUUCCUCUUUCUCUCCAGCUUCGGCCGCCUUCCGGGCUCCGGGCCGCCGCCUCUUCCUCCUACUGGCUCCGGGAGCAUCGCCCACCCCGGGUGGCGGCGUUGGUCAUCGAGAUCGGAGAGCCCGAUGAACGUGUUUGACAGAAAGAUGAAGCGGCGGCAGAAAAAUUGGGCGUCCUCCAUCCCCGGGAGCGAGAGAUAUGAUUAUCUGAAAGAGGAGGUUGGAAGCAGAGUUGUGGACCGUGUUUUUGAUAUUGUAAGAACCUUUCCCCUUGCAUUGGACAUUGGGUGCGGAAAAGGCUAUAUAGCAGAAAAUCUAAACAAGGAAACAGUUCAAACACUCUUUCAAGUUGAUAUUGCAGAGAAUGUUUUGAAACACCCAAUUGAGACUGAAAUUCCCACCUAUCGUGUCUUAGCAGAUGAAGAGUUUCUUCCCUUCAAGGAAAAUACAUUUGACCUAAUUCUUAGCAGUUUAAGUUUGCAUUGGGUUAAUGACCUCCCUCGUGCAUUCAAACAGAUUCACUCUUCCUUGAAACCAGAUGGAGUGUUUAUUGGUGCCAUGAUGGGAGGGGAGACCCUAUAUGAACUUCGUUGCUCUCUACAACUGGCAGAACUGGAGCGUGAAGGAGGAUUUGCACCCCACAUAUCACCAUUUACUGCUGUUACAGACUUAGGAAAUCUGUUGGAGCAAGCAGGAUUUACCAUGCUAACUGUGGACAUUGAUGAGAUCCUGGUCAACUAUCCGGGAAUCUUUGAAAUAAUGGAGGACUUGCAAGGUAUGGGAGAGAGCAAUUGUGCUUGGUCCAGGAAACCUUUGUUGCACAGGGACACGAUGCUGGCAGCUGCAGCAAUUUACAAAGAGAUGUAUGGAAAUGACAAUGGGUCUGUGCCAGCAACGUUUCAGAUUCUGUACAUGAUUGGCUGGAAACCCCAUGAGUCUCAGGCUAAGCCAGCACGGAGAGGCUCCGCUACAUUAUCAUUUGGUGAUUUAGGGAAUAUAUCCAAACUGAUGACAAAGAAGGAUAAAUAGAGCUUUAAAUAAUUGUAAACAGAACCUUUUAUAUUGAAGUAACAACAGAAUGCCAAAUUUGGUCUGCAUAAAUGUAAACAAUAAAGAAUGUAUAUGGUCCUUUC